AUGCCAUCUGAGAUACAACUUGCACGUUACGCAUGUCUUCCAUGCCGGAGAAGCAAAAGACGCUGUGACAGGAAAUUUCCAAGCUGCGAUCUCUGCAUCAAAAAGGACAUUGACUGUACAUACCCCGGUGCUCGCACAUCCGAGAGGGAUUCACGUACAGUGUACAGCCAAACGCCGGAUAGUCAGUCGUCGCCGGAGACCACUCGAUCUUAUAAUACUGAAGCCAGUGCCCUCUACUUCCUGGCACCACACAUCUUCCGACAAGCUCAACUUGAACUGCCCCGGUCUGAUAUCACAAUUCCUGCAGCGGUCUCUUCACUAAUUGGAGACACAUCUUCUAUACGAGAUAUUGCAAAUACAUUCUUUUCAAACAUUCAUUUUUGGCUACCCAUCGUGUUCAAAAAAGGCUUUUUUGUUUCUCUAUUGAGUCCGUGGACACAACGACAGACGGAACUCAGUUUGCUGGCGCUAUGCAUGAAGCUUUGCAACACGGCUCCCUCAGACGACGAUGGGCCCAAUACCUUUCUGUAUCGCACUGCAAAGCGUUUUCACCAUGAUGUAGAAACGGCCGGCAUCCUUUCGACACAUGUGCUACAAGCUGGAUUGCUUAUUGCACUUUAUGAGAUGGGUCAUGCUAUGUAUCCGGCUUCAUAUCUGACUGUGGGCGACUGCUCGCGAUAUGGACUGGCUAUAGGAUUGUAUAGAAGUUGCUCACCAACGUCUACAAUUGAAGACGAGGAGAUGCGUGGGCGCUCAUGGAAUGAGGUUGAGGAAAACAGAAGAGUAUGGUGGGCUGUCUUGAUUUUUGAUCGCUUCCUGAAUCUCAACAACCCGACAAGACCGCUAUCGACCGAAGAUCCAACUUUUGAUAUGUAUUUACCGGUAGAUGAUACAUCAUGGAACGAUUGUACCGCGAAACCAGGUGAUGCUGUUAAAAUUUCAACCGGCUUCUCGCUCAAGAUAGGAGGUUUCGCCAGGCUAGCCCAAGCUACCUAUCUACUAAGCCAAGCAUUCCAUUCUGUCACGUCAUCCGCCCUGAUAGAAAAUGAUACAAAUGAUCUUGAUCAAGCAGCACAACUACGCCGAACCUUGCUCGCUCUUGUACAUGCUGCAGAUAGCGAAGCAAUACAUCGAAGGUUAGAUUUUUGUGCUUCAUCAGAGUUGAGCUUUAGUGCUAUUUUACUACUUCAGCAGCACCGCUUCCAAUGUAUCAGCAAGAUAGCCAUGCCAGGCGUACCACCGGAGAUCUCGCUCGACAAUUUCUGGCCUGAAUCAUUUGAGGCUGCGGAUCGGGCAGACUGCGUCCCGAUAUUUUUCGCACAUGUCUUGUACCAGUUGGGCUGUAUUCUUCUGACGCUCGCCCCAGGUCCAUUGUUGGACAACGCAAUCGGCGAGAAAAUAGGGAUUGUCAAGAGCUUGCUUUUACGAGUGAACACGCGGUGGCGGCUUGCAGGCAAGUCAUUCUAG